CUUGAGCCUUUGUCUAUUUAUAAUAGGGAUAAGGGCCAAAUACCUCUUAGGGUUUACCCCAAAAAUCAGAUAUUUGCAUUCGACCUUCACCAUGAAUUCUCGGAAAUGGGUCAACUAAACCCUUCCAUCAGGAACACAAGCACCGUCUGAAUUUUUUUAUUUUUUUAAAAUUUCUGUGGAUCACAAACUCGUUGGACGCAGUGAUGCUGCGCUCGCACAUGCUGGAGGUCUCGUCGGGGGGGACACCAAGAACGUCUCUUAUGUACGUGCCCCUCCGCAGGAGAGGCGUCUGCGAGCUCAGCAGCGGCGGCGGCACCGUCACCAAUGUCGUGCCCCACCAGCCGUGGGCAGGGGCCCCGAGGGCUGUGGUGAUGCUGCACGGCUGCUUUGAGAUCCUCUCCCUCACCGGGACAGUGCUGUCGUCGCCGGGGCUGGGGGGGGGGAUCUUGAUUUCCUUAUCCCUGGGUCAGGGGCAGGCCGUGGGGGGCAGCCUGGUGGUGCCGCUCGUGGUGUCGGGGACGGUGGUGUUGAUGGCUGUGUCGUUUGCAAAUGCAGUGUUUGAGAGGCUGCCGCUGGAGGUGGGGGGUGCCAUCACCGCUGCGCAGUUGCAGCCUAGUGUGUUGCAGUCGUCCGGUGCUGGCGGCAGCGGCCAAGGGGGGCAUAUGGGUGAGAGUGGUGGUGGAGGAGGCGGUGGCGGCGAUGGCUCGUUUCUCAACUCGGGUGGCGGAGGCUGGGGAAAUGCAACACCACUCUGGAAUUAUCUGUUCUCGGCAGAGCAUUUUGGAUGGGGUAGCAGCGGAAGCAGCAGCAGAGGUUCAGGAAGGCCACCAUUUUUGUUAGACGGAAGGGUUUGGUCGACCCAUUUCUGAGAGUGCAGGGUGAAGGUCGAACCCAAAUAUAGUUUGGGGUUAUAUUCAAUUUUGGGGUAAACCCUAGAGGGGUAUUUGAUCUUUUCCCUUUAUAAUCAUUUGUUGGUUAAUUGAGUAGAUGAGAUGGCUAUCUCUCUUGGAUAUGUUAAUUUAUAUAGAUGUUAGUCAUGUAAUACAAUAUUACAAAUGUUGUCUCGAUGAUUGCUGAUGAGAAAAUAUUGGAAUUUUGAA